AUGCCACGAAUCACCCAAGACCCAAACCUGGCAGAGUCACCAGACUUUGACAGCAUCGAGUUCCAGGCCGUCUACACACCCUUGGCCACAGAGGCAAACCCUGUCGAGAACAUCAUAGGCACGCUCAAGGCCGCCUGGACACGCGACAACGACGCAAAAAAGGCAGCCUGGGAGGCCCAAGUCGAGCAAGACAAGGCAGCAGAAGAAGCGACCGAACAAGAGUGCCAGGCAGCAGUAGAGGCGGAGGAGGCUAUGAAGGAGAAGGAAUUUCAAGAGACAGAAGAGGCGAACCAACACGAAAAGGAGAAGAGGAAGCCCAAGGUCCGGAACUUCACAGUCAACAAAGUCGUCGACAGUGUCUCCGACACCCGCCCAUCUCCGUACGCCAUCCACAAGCUCCGCCAAGGCGAGUAUGUCGAGCUCUACUACUUCACACCAGAAGCGUGCUCUGAAGCAGAAAGAGCGGAACAAACUGCAGCUAAGGACAACAUCACCUUCACGUCGGUUGGGGACCAGCUCUUCAUGAAGCUGGCAGCCGCAUACAAGGUGGCAAAGAAGGUCAUCCGGGAUGAAGACCUAACCUUUAAACAGUUAACGCUCGCCAAGAACGACAUGCUUCGCCACAUGGGCCAGGAGGAAUGGCCGGAGCAGCACAUCGUAGCCCUCGGCGUAUUCUUCUUCAAGCUGGAGAGCCAUCACCUGCGAAAGCAAGACGGAGGUGACACCGUUGUGCUGCGCUACCAGUCGCAGGUCCGUCGCGAGUGGACGGAGGCCCUCAAAGGUACCAGUGAUGAGGACGUCUUUGACAUCAGCGUCAUCAACGACCUACGGCUUAACCAGAUGUACACCGAGCACCUCAAUGCUCGACAUAGCCAAGGCGUUUUAUGGCUCGAGGAACAGCUCACCAGAGCAUCAAUGAACACCCCCAGAGCGAAGCGUUGCCGUUCACCCUCGCCGUCACCAGAAAGGGCCCGCCGGAGCGACAAAAGGGUCCGCGCAAAACCGGCACAGACCCUGGUCCAGUCGCCGCCACGAGAAACCAAGAAAUGUCGCAUCACAGAAGCAGCACCUGCACCAUCUGCCUCGGUCGAAAUCCCCACAACGUCUACAGUUGCGCUUCAGAAACACUGUGGGACAGAGUCACCCCAGCCCAUUGCACCAAAAGCGACAGGGGGCGUCUCCUCAACCCAGCAAACACAAUCCUUUGCUCCGACUGGCAACGCAAGGCCAGAUGCAGCAGCACAUCUCACGACUCCAAACACGAGUGCUCUGGUUGCGGAAAGCCGACUCACAGAGCUCAGACGUGCCCUCGAGGGCAAAAAGCUUAAUUCGGGGUCACCCUACAAGCCGGAAGCAUGGAGGCAGCAUCUGGAGCGGGCUGGGCUUACCGGAAAGUACCCAAAUAUCCCAAGCGACCUUCAGCGGGGAUUUGACGCAGGGAUUCCUGUCAUCCGCACCACAUUCACCCCACCAAACAAACAAUCCGUUGCGGACUUCAGUGACAAAUUUGAUGAAAACUCGAAGGCUGAGUUUGAGCGUGGCCGAUACAUCAGACCAGUCACAAAAGCAGAGACAGAAGCCCUCCUGGGUCCAUUCCAGAUGUCUCCUCUCUCUCUCAUUCCUAAACCCGCGCAGCUGGGAAAGUAUCGUAUCAUACAAAACCUCUCGCAUCCGCAUAAGCCCACCAGCAAUAUCACAUCUAUUAACAGUGCCAUCGACUCAGACCACUUCCCAUGCACAUGGGGAACCUUCUCUGUCGUCUGCCUGCUCAUUGCGCGCCUACCACCCGGUUCGCAAGCAGCAGUGCGAGAUGUCAAGGAGGCCUAUAGAACCAUACCACUCAAGCCAUCGCAAUGGCCAGGCAUUGUCGUCCGCCUUCAAGGAGAAGAUAAUUUUGCCAUCAACACCCGAAACUGCUUUGGACUCGCAUCAGGAGCAGGCUGCUAUGGGGCAAUUGGAGACGCUGGAGCCCAACUCAUGCGGGCCAAUGGAAUCGGCCCACUCUCAAAAUGGGUCGACAAUCACCUCCAAUGGGCAGCCAACAUCCGGGAGAACGGAGGGGAACUGCAUGAUAGAGGAAGACUCUGGUUCCGUGGGCAGCUCAUGCCCAAUGGAAAGCCAGAAGAGUUUGACGAGGACGUCUCCUUUCCAAUCAGAGAUCUCUCACAGGCAUCUCCAAGAUCGGAGGAGGAGCGGAGAUUCACUUACUGCAUGUCAGACAUUGACGCAAUAUGCAAUGAGCUCGGGAUUCCUUGGGAAACCGAAAAAGACGUACCAUUCCACGCAAAGCAGGAGAAGUACCUCAAGGCUAUUCGGGAAUGGGAGAUGAGGAAGGAGCACAACCUUGAGGAGACGCAAAAGCUUUAUGGAAAGCUACUCCAUGCAUGCCUCAUGGUUCCAGCAGGAUGUGCAUAUCUCACCAGCUUGGAGGCCCUCAUGGCAACCUUCCACGAUCGUCCUUUCAUGCCACAUACCCCACCAAGACAUACUACAAGUGAUCUACAAUGGUGGAAAGAGAAACUCCAACAACCCCAGAUCAUCCAGCCCAUCCCAGGCCCAGUCCCAAUCAUCGACCUUGCAGCGUAUUCAGACACUAGCUCAAAGAUUGGCAUUGGGAUUACCAUUUUACCAUCGGAAACAGGUGGCGCGCCUGGCGUCUGCUUCCAAAUUGGAAAGGCGAGGGCAGAGACAUUGGAUGGGCAGAGGCCGUUGGCUUCCUCUUCCUCGUCAUUGCGCUCGGCAACACUUACCGCCACCCUGGCAUCCAUUGCCUGGUCUACGGCGACAACCAAGGAGUCGUCGAGGGAUGGUGGAAAGGACGCAGCAGAAACUGGCCAAGCAACCUUAUCUUCCGCGAUAUUCACUCAAUCGUGGAAGAGAACAAGUUCGUCAUCCACACCCAGUAUGUACCUAGCAAAGAGAAUCCGGCUGAUGGACCCUCUCGCGGCGAAUACAGCCCACCCACCCACCUUCUUGCUGCCUUCGAAAUCCCAGUCAACCUCAGGCCAUACGUCACAGACUACGACACACCUCUUUGCUCAACUGAGCUCUGUCUUAUACGGGAAGGAAGAGCACCAAUGGCAGCCCCAAGACUUGAUGCAGCAUCAAGGUGCCAGCAGUGUAGAACCGCAGACGAAGGCCAGGCACAACGUGAGGAAGAAUUCACUGCCCAAGCGGAAGCAGAGCGAUAAGCGCAACCGCUUUGUGCCAGCAAAUCGCAGCAUCCAAGAGGUGGACACAGUGCACCCCACCCGCCCACCAGCACCAUACCAAGAAGCACUUACUCCACAUUUCUCACCGCAACGUCCCCAUCCAACCACCCCACGAAAUGUCCUUGACGGUAAUGGCCAUCCCACCAACCUAACCGAAGCCGACCUCCGCAGAAUCCUGGAGGUAAUGGAGAGUGCAUGGGCGGAAGGCACGCGAGAGGGCUAUGGGUCAGGCCUGCUAGUAUACCACAUAUUCUGCGAUCAGAAAGGGAUCAGCGAAGAGCAACAGGCGCCUGCGUCUCCCAUCCUCAUUGCCUCAUUCAUUGCUACUAUCACAGGCGCAUAUGCGGGAGGCACCAUUUCCAACUAUGUCUUUGGAGUGAGAGCCUGGCACCUUCUUCAUGGGGUCUCAUGGCGGAUGAAUCCUAGUGAGCUCGAGACACUCUUGAAGGCAGCUGCGAAGGCAGCCCCAGCCUCAACAAAACGGAAGAAGAGGCUACCGUACACAAAAGAGUUCAUGCUGGCUAUUCGCAACAAGCUGGACCUUGAAACGCCGCUGGAUGCCGCCGUCUAUGCAUGCCUCACAACGACCUUCUGGUCAGCCGCAAGACUCGGAGAGUUCACAGUUAAAAACCUCACAGACUUCAAAGCUACGCACCACGUCAAACCAUCAGACGUAAUAACCACCACGGAUGCCAACGGUUUGACGACGACAGCCUUUCACAUCCCAGUUACAAAAAUGGAGCCAAUCGAAGGCGAGGACAUGUCCUGGUCCAAACAGAAUGGGGAUACUGACCCAGCAGCUGCCCUCAACAAACAUCUCUCAGUCAACAACCCACCAAAGGAGGGCCUGUUGUUCGCUUACUGCACCGCCAAGGGCUACAACGCACUUACAAAACCCAAAUUCCUGCAGACGCUAGCCAAGGCCGCUCGAGCUGCAGGUCUGGACCCACUGCAAGGUCAUGGCAUUCGCAUCAGCUCAACCCUCGAGUACCUCCUACGAGGUAUACCUUUUGAGGUAAUGAAAGUCAAGGGCCGCUGGGCCAGUGACGCUUUCCUCACCUAUCUGAGGAAGCACACACAAAUCCUUGCCCCAUACAUGCAAGCCAAUCCUCUCCGCCACGACGAAUUCAUCAGGCUGACCAUGCCACCCAUCCGCCGCGGCUAA